AUGGACACACAAUCCUUGUACUCCUCACAGCGCCUUCCCGAAGACUACGAUGAGGGAUACUCAGCUUUUGCUACAAAUAUCGAUGCUUAUGACGACUCGCGGUCGGCACUUAGUUCUGCUGGACUUAAGACAACAUCAUUAGCCAACUUGUCAAGAAAACAAGGAAAGCGAAAGUAUGGUCCCUUGAAAUCUCAUAGAACGAGUAGUAUGAUGGGACUGAACAAUCCUCUCGGUUCGGGUUCCCAAGAGAGUCUUCAUCCACCCAGUUAUCCACAAAUGAAGCGACACAGUCCCAACGGAGGGAUAUAUUAUAACGGCAACAAUUCCUUAACAGGAAGCCAGUACUUUGUACAACCGAUGCACGGAAAUAAGCAAAAUAUGGGUCUCCAGGCUGAUCCAAUGGGACAGGCUCCCCAAAUUUAUCAGCAACACGCCAAUUUCUAUCAAAAUCCUCCGCCCACGGUCCAUUAUCAACAUCAACACCAGCAGCAUUCACCUGUCCGCACUAAUGGGCACUAUUCAUAUGAGACUCACCGUGAUGAAGGACCCAUCACUCCUGAAAGUCUUGAUGCAGAUGCGGAUGGGAAAUUGGACAUCGGUGAUUUUGAGUUGAAUGAAACGUCAAUUCACGAGAGCCAGCUAGUUGAGUCGUUGCAGCUGAAACUUGACGAAAGUACCAAAGAAAUUGACCUUUUGAAACAGAAGGUACGGGAUUUACAAAAUAAGCUGGAUUCUAAAACCAGUUUGCUGGAUAGUAAAGAAGAAUCCCUCAAAUCUUUGGAGAUGACCAUAGCAUCGGAGAGACUGCAAGAUACCUCCAAAAUCAACACGUUGCAAUCACAACUAAAACAGCAAGCAGAGGAAGCCUUCAAACCGGAUGAUAUAGAUAUGCAACUGAAGGAAAAAGUUGAUGAGAUUGCAAAGAUCAACUCCAACUUGGAUCGUAUUCAAGAAACUUAUACCAACGACACAAAUAACCUGAAAAGUUUUAUUUCCAGCAUUCUUCUCAAUGAAUCCCCUGAAGCAGCAUUUGUCUCUCUCACGGACAACAAUAAAGAACUUUUGCAAGAUAUUUAUAAUAAACACACUAACAAUAAGGAGAUGGACGUGUUGGAUCUCUUCAGGGAACAAUUACGUUAUCUGAGAGAACACGUUGAGUGCCAAACAGAGGCUAAGGAAUUGAUCAAAGGAAUCUAUCACCAAAACUUAUCUGCGGAGAGAGAAUUAUUGAAACAGAUGACUUUUAAAACGACGAUCCACUCGCCAGAUAUUACAAGUUCCAGCCUCCAAAGGCACUUGAAUUAUCACUUUGUUCCUAUAGUACCCUCAUCAAUAGUAGGAGAUAGUUAA